UCAGACCACAGAUGGCGGUGCGAAAUCUUACAACUGUGGGCCUAACUGCAGACGCAACACAAGGAUCGGGUUUGGGUGUGGUGUCGUAAUGUGUUGUUGACCAAACGCCAGAGAUUCGUAAUACAUUUUUGUGACCUUUUUUCAGAAACAGGUGUUUCUGGAAUAAGAGAAAUCGCACUGCCUGAAGUUUAAAUAUUCGAAGCAGUUUAACUUGAAGUCAAGACCAUUGAUAGUUGCAAAGAGACAGUCACCCCCCUAUAUCAACAAUGAAGGGGCGUUACCUGACCGUGGUCAACAAUGCCCUCAUCCCUUGUUUCUUCUUUGUCGACUGCCUCUUAUUGGCUGGCAUCAUCGUCCUGUGGUACUUCAUGGUGUUCUGGGAGGGGGAAGGAUUUUACAUGAAUCGCCCCUACAUCCCCUGCGCCGAUAUAGCGCAUUAUAGCUACCCUAAUCUGGAGACCAAAGUGCCUGACGUGGUUAUAUACGUGCUGUGCUUUGCCCUUCCCCCAGUAGUGAUUCUGUUUGGUGAGGCAGCCCUUGCAGUAUUCCAGCUUCAAGGCUAUGAGAGCCCGGUCUUUGAGAAGACCGUCAUCACGUUUGAUGUCAAGUUCCAUCCGAUCGUGAGACGCACCCUGAGAUUCAUCGGGAUUUUUGCCUUGGGUGGAUUUGUGACAUGGAUUGUUUCUCGGGCUGCUCAGCUGAUGCUCGGGUAUCCGGCCCCGUACUUCUUCAGUGUGUGUUUGCUGCCCUCAACGCAGUGCACCGGCACAGACCUGGUGACGCAGCUCCCAGAAUGCACCGGGACUAACGACAAUUUGGCUAGGCAGUCCUUUCCUUCAGUGUUUGCUGCACUGAGUGCAUACUCUGCCAUCUACACAGGGGUGUACGUGAGCAAGGUCUUCGUCAUCAAGUCAGCCAAGACCCUGCAGCCCCUCAUUGUCCUCUCCUUCCUGGCGUUGUCUCUCCUCACUGGCCUAGAACAGCUGGCAUUCUACAAGGCCAGCUGGUAUGAUGUCAUCGCUGGUUGGCUGCUCGGUGCACUCAUUGCCGCCUACUUGAGCGUGGUCGUCCUGAAUAGUUUCCUCGGCCACAUCUUUCACUUCCAGCCACGCCUGGUGGGCAUGCCCAGGCCCAAGACGCCCGAAAUGAACGGCAAUGGCCGGCAGUAUUCUGAACGGCCGGCUUACAUCGACAGAAAUGUAGAGAACCCCGGCACUGCAGUUGUCCAAGCACAGCGUGCAGCUCAUCAACUAAACAAACGGCAGGGCUUCUUUACCUACGACGGGGUCAGGGGUCGCGUGGCGCGAAAGGUGUCCGGCGCCCACCGCGCCACGAUCCGACCAGUGCCGCAAUCGCACAGCGAGCCGGAAUCCGCAGUGGGAACCAACUACUUUUGAUGAACGCUAAAUUUAUUGCCAUUUUGUGCAU